AUGACAGAUUCAACUCAAUUAUCGAUUGCAGCAAAUUGGAUUCGACAAUCGUCAUCGGUUCUAAUAGCUUCAGGUGCAGGUUUAUCUGCUUCUGCCGUUAAUCCUCAAUAUGGCGUAGGACUUGAUUAUACUUCUGUAGCAGCAUUUCGUCUAUUGUAUCCUCGCAUGACUCAAGUAUCAACCAUGCGAUGCAUGUAUGACGCCAUAGGAAAGCAUGAUUGGUCUCCAGAACUGAUGUGGGGAUAUCUUUUUACACAUGUCGAUAAAUGUCGCUUUAAUUGGGGACCAACUUCUGUCUAUCAAGAUCUUAAACAGAUAUUAUCAAAUAAACCCAUGGAUUCCUUUGUAAUAACGACCAAUGCUGAUGGUAUGUUCGAACAAAAUAAAUUCGAUAUGACACGUUUUCUCAGUACACAAGGUGAUUAUUCUCUUCUUCAAUGUUUGAAACCAUGUUCACGUCUAUCGUUCUAUGAAGCUCGUCCAUAUAUUGAACAAAGUGUUCCUCAUGUCCAUCCACAAACAAUGGAAGUACCUUCAAAAUAUAUUCCUCGGUGUCCACGUUGUGGUGGACCGAUGUUCUUUUGUGUACGUGGUGGUGAAUGGUUUAUUGAAUCUGCUUUUGAUGAUCAACGACAUCGUUAUCAUGAUUUUGUUCAUCGUGCAGUUCAUAAAAAAAAUGAACUAUUUACAAUUAUUGAAAUAGGUGUUGGUUUUAAUACACCAAGCGUACUUCGUUGGCCUAUGGAUCAAUUAGUAAGCGACUUAAAGCAUGUAAGACUUAUUCGUAUAAAUAUGCAUGCACCUGAUGUACCAGUUCAUGCACGAAAAGAAAACAGAGCAAUUGGUUUUGAUGGAGACGCGGCACAAAUUAUUCGGCAACUAAGGGACAUGGUUAUAGCAGGCAAAGUCUAA